GAUCGAUUCAUGCUCAAACCCGUAUUGAAAUUUCGUGUUGGACAUGUUAAUAGACUAGGCCGGAUAUCUCUAAUCUAGGGUAUCCAUUAGAGAUAUCUAAAGAUAUUGAAUUUGAAACUCUUUUUUUAUGUCUCACCAACAAGUAAAAAAGAAAUCUGUUAUCUAAACUAUCUCCUAAACUCACUGGACCUGCCCUAAAAGAUUUGGGGAAGUUAUGAAGAACACCACCCCCCCACAUCUGCAGCAAGGCAAAACAGAUGGCGUCUAUCCCUACAACCCUGCUGAGAACCAUCUUCUUAUUCACAAAGCCAUGGCGACCCUCCUUCUCCCCUUCAUUCUUCUCAUCCCGAAAUCCAUGCUCGCCCGGCGGCUGUAAAAUCUUCAAGGCCCGAAACCAUCAUCGUCUACUGCUAUCGAGAAAGACCCACAACUUCAAUUACUCCGACGAAGAAGCCGCCGCUCCGUCUUCGUCUCCAGAUGACUGCGAACCAGAUCCAGAUCCUCCGCAGGAAGCUGUUCUUAAGGCAAUUUCAGAAUUGUCAAAGGCAGAAGGAAGGGUGGGACAAACCACAAAUGUAGUCAUUGGAGGCACUACUACUCAUGACGAUUCUACUAACGAGUGGCUCGUUUUGGAUAAAAAGGUGAAUUCCUACCCGACCGAAAGGGUGUUUACGGCAAUUGGAACCGGAGGUGAUGAAUUUGUGCAGGCUAUGGUUGUUGCAGUAGAAUCAGUCAUUCAAGAAUCUAUCAUUCAGGGGCAGGUGAAGAAGAAGGAUUCCUCCGGAGGCAAGUACGUGUCCGUGAACAUUGGACCUAUUCUUGUCAUUAAUAGCGAACAGGUUCGAGCUGUAUAUAACGCAAUGAGAAGAGAUGAGCGAGUGAAAUACUUUCUCUAGAUUAUUACAGUUUGUAACGUAGUGUGAAGCACUCUAACACUAAAUGUUUUGUUUCAUCCUAACAUGUUUUCACUGAGAAGUGUUAAAUUCACAAAUAGAUAAAUCACAAAAUAUACAAACUUUUGGUUU